UGAAUAGUUGCCUGCUAAGCACAAAAGAUUAGUCCAUACGUCAAACAAAAGCGCUUUGUCUUUCUUUACUUUCCAUCUGCUUCCGCCAAACCUCUUCAUAGCACACAGGCCCCCCUCCUCUUCUCUCUCUAAUAAGAGAUUGAUCAGAUUCUAAUCAGGAAAGAGCUGCAUUUUUUUUUCUCCAGAAAACUUGAAAAGAGGUGUGUGUUUCUCAAUUCAAUUUUGAUGUGUUUUUCUUCUCUUUGCUUUCUACAGCGUGUUGCUCUUGUGGUAUCAGCAGACUGUCUUAGUAUUCUUGGAGAAAAGGUAGAGCUGGUGAAGAAGAUAAGCAGUAAAAAGUUGGUCUGUUCUGAUGGGGAUUUGCUUGAGUUCCAGAAUCAAAGCUGAAAGCCCCCCUAACUCAGGUCUGAGUUCAAAAUAUGGUAGCACUCAAGGGAGUAAUUCGAGAAACUCAAGCAGCAUGAAUUCUGUACAGCCAACUCCUAGGAGUGAGGGAGAGAUCUUACAGUCACCCAAUCUGAAGAGCUUUACUUUCUCUGAACUCAAAAUGGCCACCAAGAACUUUCGUCCAGAUAGUGUACUCGGAGAAGGUGGGUUUGGCUCGGUUUAUAAAGGCUGGAUUGAUGAAGACACUUUAACAGCAACUAAGCCUGGUAGUGGCAUAGUGAUUGCCGUGAAAAGGUUAAACCAAGAAGGUUUUCAGGGGCACAAGGAAUGGCUGGCUGAAGUGAACUAUUUGGGGCAGUUUUCUCAUCCACAUCUUGUGAAGUUGUAUGGAUAUUGUUUGGAAGAUGAGCAUCGCCUCUUAGUGUAUGAGUUUAUGCCUCGUGGUAGUUUGGAGAACCAUUUGUUCAGGAGGGGGUCAUAUUUCCAACCACUCUCUUGGUAUCUACGUUUGAAAGUUGCUCUUGGAGCUGCCAAAGGGCUUGCUUUUCUACACUCUGCUGAAUCUCAAGUUAUAUAUCGUGAUUUUAAGGCAUCCAAUAUUCUGCUAGAUUCAAGUUACAAUGCCAAGCUCUCUGACUUUGGUUUGGCUAAAGAUGGACCAACGGGUGAUAAAAGCCAUGUCUCUACAAGGGUCAUGGGAACCUAUGGAUAUGCUGCUCCAGAAUACUUAGCCACAGGUCACUUGUCUUCCAAGAGCGACAUCUAUAGUUUUGGAGUAGUCCUGCUUGAACUGUUGUCGGGCCGUAGAGCAAUUGACAAGAACAGGCCAUCUGGAGAACACAACUUGGUUGAAUGGUCCAAACCAUACUUAGGCAACAAACGCAGAUUGUUCCGAAUUAUGGACAACCGUCUAGAAGGCCAGUAUAAAGUGGAGGUUGCACAAAGAGUAGCCAAUCUUGCAUCAAGGUGUCUUUCAACUGAACCAAGGUAUAGACCAUCCAUAGAUGAGGUGGUCAAAGAACUUGAACAGCUUAAGGUGGAAUCAAAGGAUAAAGGGGGAAACUCACGUGCCAAUGCGGGCAAAGCCUCUGGGCCCCGUAGAGGGAGGGAUACUAAUGCUUCGGUUGCUUAUCCAAGACCGUCGGCUUCUCCUCUCUAUGCCAAAUAGCUUGGGACAUCUCCAAGUGAUCUUGACCGUUCAUGUAGCAACUCCACACGGUUCACUUUUGACAGUAUGUGAUCAUCAGCUUAACUGUAUAGUUAUUUUUUGUUGAGUAUAUAUAGAUGCCGUCCAUCUCCCAACGUAUGGGCAGGACGGGUUGCCCACAUGCAUGUUAUCUGGGGUGUAAUGCAGGGCUCUAGGGUAUCCAACUCUUGUUCAUAUUCCUUCUAUGUUUGCUUUAGUUAUUACUGCUUCCUGUUAUAAUGACUGAUGGCUCGUGUAACUGUGUGAGUGCAUUGUUAAAACAGUGCAGUUUUUAUGGCUCGUUUGGUUGACGAGAGUAAUUAUUCUAAUCUUGGUUAGUCCGCAAGUAAAGAUUCCUUUUUUGCUUAGUCCGC